AUGUCCACCACCGUCGGUGACGCCGGCGCAAAGCCAGCAGCCUCUACAGCCGCCAAGCCGUUGGGCAUGAGGAAGAAUGGCAAACAAUGGCACGCGCCAAAGAAGGCCUUCCGGCCUGGCUCAGGACUGACAUCGUACGCAAAACGGGCCAAGGACAGAGUGGCGCAAGCAGCGAUGAAGACGAAAGAGAAGGAGAUGAAAGAUGACAAGGAGGCGGAAAGACAGGCACGGAUAACGAAAUUGAAGGAGAAGCGCGCGGCUAAGGAGGAGAAGGAGAGAUACGAGAAGCUGGCCGAGAAGAUGCACAAGAAGCGGGUCGAGAGGCUGAAGAGGAAGGAGAAGAGGAACAAGCUCCUCAACUCCUGA